AUGCUUUCGAAACCGCGUAGUUUCACUCCGGCUUAUUGGGGAGAUUGUCCAGCGAAAUUCAUCAAUACAUGUUUCAAGGCAAAUUCGGUAUGUGUAUGCGAAGACGACGAGUGCGAGGCGGACGCUCCAAAGGUACCCACUGAAUCAGACGGCAUGUGCAUCUGCGCGUUCGACAGACUGACUCAAGAUGCGUGGCCGUGCCACCCUAAGGCAAUUUGGCAAAAUACCACGUGCCAAUUUUGCGACGAUCACAUGUUCUGUCAGAAGUACUCGAAGAACGGUGAACGACAGAAUGAGCCGUGCCUCUGCGGAAAUGGCGAGGCAUUCUGCAUGAUAGAUCGGAUGGCAAAGCUGUUGAACCUGUGGGAAUUCUUCGGUGAGCUAUCGAAGGUCACGGAUGUCACCGACGACGAGAUCGAAGCGCUGGGGUUUGGGAACAUGACCGAUGAAGUUGCCAUUGUGACCAAAGCUAAGGAGAACAUCAUAUUUGCAAUGAGUGCGGUCAGCGAACAACAAAGGAGGGAUAUGUCACAGGCGAAACACAAUCUCAUCCAUAAGUGCUCAUUCAAUGGAAAACCAUGCGAUAUCGACAGCCAGGUCUUACCUAUUACAAUGCACUUCGUAACGAAUUCAUCAAGAAUCUCCCCCUCCUAUGGAAAUGGAUAG